AUGGUUGCUCCAUCAAGAUCUCUUCAUGAUCAUCAGGGGUCCCUGCCACGCCUUCCUGUGCCUCCCCUUGAAGAGACCCUGAAUAAGUAUCUCAAAACAGUUAAACCAUUAGUAACUGAGGAAGAAUUCCAGUUAACUGAGGAAAUUGUUAAAAAGUUUGCUGCUCCUGGAGGUAUUGGACAACAAUUACAAGAAAAAUUACAGCAAAGGGCAAAGAAAUCUGACAACUGGCUUAGUGAAUGGUGGAUCAACGCUGCUUAUUUAGACUACCGCUGGCCUGUUGUGGUAUGGUCCUCUCCAGGCCUGGUUUUCCCAUUACAAGAAUUCAGAACACUGGAUGACCAGCUAAGCUAUGCUGCCAAAGUUAUUGUUGGAGCUCUUGAUUACAAGAAAAUGUUGGAUGAUAAAACUGUGCCCAUUGAUCACAUGGGCAAAGACCUCUUAGACAUGUCCCAGUAUUUCAAGAUGUUGGGAACAUGCCGUAUCCCAGGAGUUACACGGGAUUCCAUUGUAUAUCAUGGGCAGUCUGAAAAUCCUCCUAAACAUAUUGUGGUGGUACAUAACAAUCAUUUCUUCAAGAUAGAUGUUUAUGGAAAGGAAGGAAAACCCCUGACUAUAAAUCAAGUGUUGCAUCAGUUACGAAAUGUGGUUGAACGCUCUACCCAUCCAACCAGUCCAGUGGGUAUCCUCAGUACACAGAAUCGAAAUGUAUGGGGGAAGGCUUAUAAGAAACUUAGGAAGGAUAAACUGAACAAAGCAUCUAUUGAAGAAAUUCAGAGAUCUAUCUUCCUAGUAGCUUUAGAUGGACCUAUUGUCAACCCAACUGGGAAUGAAAUGACUGAUGCAGCAUUACUCUGUGUUCAUGGCAAUGGCUCACAGGGUUAUGCUGGCAACAGGUGGUAUGAUAAGACUAUUCAGUUUAUCAUUGGGAAGAAAGGAGCAGUAGGACUAACAUAUGAACAUACACCAGCAGAAGGUCCACCAAUUGCCAACUUAAUGGAUCAUAUAAUGAACUUCAUAAACACUGGAAACUUCCAGAGAGAGGACAGCACCAUGAAAGAGAGGAAACUCCCAGCAAUUGAACUUGACAGACCUCAGCGCUUGAUGUUUAAUGUUAGUGAUGAUAUUAAACAAGAAAUAGAAGAUGCGAAGUGUGCCCUUGACAGCCUUGUAGAAGACUUGGAAAUGACUUGUUUCCUCUUCACUGGUUUUGGAACUUCCUUCAUUAAGUCACAAAGGCUUAGUCCAGACAGUUUUCUACAGAUGGCUAUUCAGUUAGCCUUCUACAGAAUCCACAAAGAACCUGGGGCUCACUAUGAGUCUGCAUCAACCAGGAGGUACCUCCAUGGUCGCACAGAAACAAUCCGCUCUUGCUCAACAGAGUCGGUAGAAUUUGCCAAGACAAUGUUAGAUGAGAAUGCUUCUGCUGAUGAAAAGGCCUCUUCUUUACGAAAGGCUGUUGAAGGACACAAGAAUUAUGCAAAGGAUGCUGUCCGUGGUUAUGGUGUUGACCGUCACCUCCUUGGCUUGAAGCUUUGUGCAAUUGAAGCUGGCAUGGAUGUACCCACUCUAUUUAUGGAUGUUGGUUAUAUCCGUAGCUCCCACAUGCGUCUCUCCACCAGUCAGGUCCCAGCACGCUGUGAAGCUUUUAUGUGCUUUGGCCCACUUGUACCUGAUGGCUACGGCUGUUGCUACAAUCCACGUCCAGAUUCAGUUGUAUUUGGAACAUCUGCAUUCAACUCGUCUCCAGAAACAGAUUCAGCAACUUUCCGUGCAGCUUUGGAGGAAAGUUUAAUGGAUAUGCAUGAUGUACUACUGAAGAGUGGACUGAAAGCCAAACUCUAGUGAGCAAAUAGAUAAUAUAGUUCUCUCACAUUACAUUAUUAAACAGUCUGAAGAAAAGCUAAUAAUAAAGAUUUUGUAAUAUUACUUUGGGCAGGGUAUAAAGCUCUUGCACUUAUAGGAAGUACAGCAAAAUGGAUUGCUCUCAAAGAUGAGAUUUGGAUCAGAGUAGAUUAAGUAAAAUCAAGUAAAUUAUUUAUAAUAAUAUUUGAAAUGUAGGUGGAUUCUAGAUUUUAAUUAGUUGUGUUUUUAUAUAUAUGUAAACUGAAAGAAAAGUAUAAAUUAGUUCUGCUUGUUUUAGUCUCAUUGUUAUUGUACAAAACAGUGUAUUGUUACAAAUAGUUAUUACUGGUAUACUGUGUGAGGUUUCUAGUUACGUCUAUCAUCAAUGUAAAACAUCUUUUAAGUUCUUUAACUAUGGUAUGAUUAUUGCUGUUUAAUUAUUGAGAAGAAUGAAGUUAUAUUGCUGUACACAUUUUAGCUCCUUAAUGUAAGAGAGAAUUAUUAUGCCAGUAGUAUAUAUAAUUAGUUGUACUUUGUUAACAUUUGUGUGAUAUACCAGUGAGUUUUUUCAUAUUAAAGUACAGUUUCCUAAUUUUGUUUACUUAUUUUUAAAGUUCUUAUUAUUGCAGACCUUAUCUUUAAAGCAUGAACAACUAUCAGCAUGGUCAUAUCAAAGAAUACAUUUACUUUUUUUCAGAUUUUACAGAAGCACACAUCAUAAAAAAUAUAUGGUGUAAAGUCUUUGAAAUAAUUUUCAAAAUGCACAUUUUUUGUUUUGGGGUAAACUAAUUGAUUUUUUGUUAAAAAAAAAAUAAUAAUAAUAAUUGCCAUAGUUGCAGACAACAGUUUUAUAUAUUCUAAAAAUUUAUUUUGUAACUGAAAAUGGACCAGAAAAUAUAAGCAACAUUUCUUAAGAUAAUCAUAGCUCGCAUCCAUCUUACCAUCUUUGAAUGCAAAGUUUCGAGCUUUAUUUUUAGUAACUUUUUUUUCAGAACACUGAUAUGGUAGAAUGAGAAUUUGUAUGCAUUCUCUUAGUUAUUAUUUGUUAAUGUUAAGAAUAAGAGCAAGUAAUUGAUAGCAUACAUAUUUUUGUAUAGUCAGUUUAAAACUUCCUUUUAAAAGAAAGGUCAUGAUAACCUUCAUAUAUAUGGUUACCAGAGAUCAAGUUUGUUUAGAAGGACUAAGUAAAUUUCAAUUGUGUAUGAAAACAAAAUAAAAUAGCUUGCCGACAUUUGGCACAAACUUGUCUUCCAAAAAUACAUAAUUUAACAGGUAAAUAAUUUUUAAAAAGUAAAGAAAUUUCAUAUGAAAGAAAAUAGAGUAUAUUGAAAGAGAAGGCUUUCUAACAUUGUAUGCUUUCUAUAAUUAUUUCCAUAUAUAAAAGUCAUGUGUACUUAGUACUAUAUUUUUUAUUAUAGGUACAUGUAUAUUCUCAAAACGCAAUAAGAACUUUAACAUUUUUUUGACUGAUGCUUUACCUUUAUGUUGUAUAUGCAUUUUGGAGGUACAAAAAUAAGACUAUAGCAUUUCCUACUUGAACAAAUAGAAAGAAAAUUGGUAUUUCCAUAAUGAUGCACAAACAAUGUGGCCACAGGGUUAAUGAAAAAAUAAGCAAUAUGUAAUUUUUCAUUGAGGAAGGAAGAAAAAUGUCAUUUCAGGAGUGUUUUAUACCUGCAACUAACUUUUUUCAGGAGUUAAGACAUUCUUUUGGGACAAGUUUUACUAUCGUUGCCUGUGACAAAUUGAAUAUUCUUCCCAAAAUCAAGCUUAUUUAUAAGCUCAUGCUGGCUUUUGCAUAGAAAGUGUACACCAAACUACUACUAUAUAAGUUAUGUUGACAAGAAUUUACCUCCCUCAUUAUUAAAGAAAAGUGCUUUGGAUUAUCAGCACAUAUUUUGAAAUUGUUUUUAUCAAGAUUUUUCUUUGACUUUGUAUGGUACUAUGGUGUAUUUCUCAAGAUGUGGUCAUUAGGAACUGGUUAUUUUUGAAAAAGUAACAUGUGGUAUGUAAUCCAUUGAUGCCAGAAAGUGUAGUGUUCACUAUAGUUUUGUUUUGUGACAUGUCUCUACACAUAGAUGGCUCAAUAAGUACUCAGCAACCAAAGAGCCAAUUAGUAGACCUCAUUCCUCGCCUAAUUUCACUUUUCCAUGGAUUUUGAGGAAAAUGUUUUUAUUACUAAUGCUGUCAAUAAUAAUUAUUAUUAUAGACAUUAUAAUAAUUUUUUUUUUAGUAAAUCUUGGGUAAUUAUCUAG